AUAUAAAUACAUGUAAAUCUCUAUUUCCUAAAAAAUGAUUUAAGGAUGAACAAAGAAGAUCUUUUUUGAAAGCCUUGAAGGUAGAGAUUUGAAGAAAUAGCCAAAAGAGAAACCUCUCACCAUUUUGAUUGAUAGAUAGAGAGAAGAAAGACCGAAGAACAGAACCAGGCUCUCUCUCUCUCUUCUCUCUCUCUCUUUCUCUAACCUUUUAAAAAAGUCUCGAUUUUUUUCUCCCUUUAGGAUUUCUUUUGCAAAGUAAUCAGAAUAAAAAUUUCCUCUUCAGCACAAAACCCUGAGAUUUUUGCGAGAAUCUGUGUGUGGUGACGACACUCAUAUCUCCUUUUCUAGGUGGUGCCAAAAAUGGGUGCGCAGAUUAUACUCUGUGAUGGCUUCGAGGUUGUUCCUCCGCCGGAGAUGAACGAUUUGAUUUUCUUCGGAAGCGACCAAUCUGUGUCGAACUGCGAUGUAUCAACUGUCACCACCGAAGAAGACGGCACUGUUUUUUCCGGCGAUAGUUCGCCGGGAGGUGCGGCUGAAGAGGAAUGGCCUGAAGCUAAGCCUUUCUCUUUCUACUUUGUUAAGCAACCCGUUUAUGAUGAUCCCGAGAUCAAAUCUAAGAUUGAUGAAGCUGAUCAGGAGAUUUAUCGCUGUAAUAAGCUCCGUAUUGAGCUCUCCAAUGCACAAAAACUCGAAAGGGCUGAGGUUUCGUCUUUGUUUGCUCAAAUGGAGGGUUUGGUUCCUACAUCGGAAGGAUAUAGAUUGGUUUUUGAAACGAAGAAGAGGGAAUUUGAUACCCUGCAGGAAGCUCUACGGAACCUUCGGUGUUCUAGGAGUAGUAGUGAUCAACUUUGCUUUACAAAGGAGGAGCUCGAUCAUCUUAUUUAUAUAGCUCAUUAUCAGAUUGAGCAUGGUAGCUUUGGUUUGGAAGAUGGAGAUUGGGUGCUUAAGGAUACUGAGAAGCCUGAUGGGAUAAUUCUAAGCGAGGAUUCUCUUGCGCAGAAAGAAGCUUCUAUUAACCGUGUCAAGUCAAUAGCUGUGGAAUUGUAUGAAGUAAAGAAGGAGCUCGAUGCGAUUACAUGGAACAUUAGCCAGUUGUCUGACAAAAUGGGAAAGAUUCAGAACAAUAUCAGGAUGUUAAAUUUAGAAAUGGCACUCACACUUGAGAAGAGGGACAAAUCGUAUGCAAGGAUUAAGAUGCUGAGGAUACAACGAGACAAAGGGAAUGCUGCCUUUUUCCAGAGCCAUGCUGUUAUGAGGAAAGCUAAAGAAUUGGCUGCUUCAGGAAAUGUUAGAGAUCUUGAAGUCUUUGCCAGCUCUGAGGUUGAUAGAUUCAUGAAUCAAUGGAAUAAUAGAGAAGACUCCAGCUCCAACUCGUCUCAAGAUGGAAAUGUAAUUACAGAUAAACAAAAGAAAGAAACGAGGAAAGAGGCUGUGGACUGCAACAGGUCGAGUGCUGAGGAGAGUGAUGUUAUAGAUUUGGAGUUCCCUGUGUAUGAGAAACCGAAGAAGGAAGAAGAAGAGGUCGAUGAAGAAACGUUGAAGGAGAGGAAAAGAGAAGAGCAGUUAGAGAAAGCUCGGUUAGCAAUGGAAAGGAAGAGGAAGCUGCAAGAGAAAGCUGCUGCUAAAGCUGCUAUAAGAGCUCAAAAGGAUGCUGAGAAGAAACUCAAGGAGUGUGAGAAGAAGGCUAAGAAGAAAGCUGCUGCAAAUUCUUCUUCUUAUCCUUCAGAAUCAGACCAAUCACGAGAAGUGAUCAAUGAGAUGGAAAAGGUUAGGACGUUAACAGCUUCUGGGAAAGAGAAGCACCAGAAGGAUAGAUUAUUGUUUCCAAAGCAAAGAAGUUUCAGGUACAAACACCGUGGAAGAGGAACCGAAGCUCUCCCUAAGGCCAUCCUAAACCGUAGAAAGGCUCAUAAAUAUUGGGUUUGGGGACUUUCCUCUGCUGCACUUGCUUGCGCACUCUUUCUCGUGGUUUUACUUCUAAGGUAAACUGAGAAAAGGAAAGAGACAUUGAAAGGUCUUUUGACUUUGCCUAAUUGGAGGAUGGAGUGAGUGAAGGAAGAGCUGCAAAGUUAGCGGUUAGUUUCUUUAUAAUAGGUUCAUAACCUUUAGAUAUUAUUAGUCAAUGUUUCUGUCUCUUUGGAGAGUUGUCUGAAAAAAAAAAAGAGAAACAUCCUAAUUGUGAGUAAGAGCUUCUAAGAGUCCAUAGAGAGAUCUCAUGUUGUCUUUAUGUGAACAUUGUGGAUUGAAUCCACUUAUAGUUAGUCAAGAUCCUUGACUAAUUACAUAUAUCCUUAAAAAAAAUUGCAAAUAACAAUUAGCUUCUUCCA